CCUCCCCAACCUUUUGCAGUCGUCGCUGAUGCCCCAAUUCUCUCCGCGCUCCGUUUUGGGGCUUCGAUCUCCAUCUCGCUAGGGUUCCUUUCGUUGCCUCUCUCUGUUCGCAGCGAAGGAGACGAUCCUGAUUCCCGCUCGAUUUAGCUGGGACAUCGAUCCCGCUCCAGGAUGUCUAUGCACGAGAGGAAAACGAUCGAUCUGGAACAGGGAUGGGAGUUCAUGCAGAAGGGCAUUACCAAGUUGAAGAACAUAUUGGAGGAGCUCCCGGAGUCGCAGUUCAGCUCAGAGGACUACAUGAUGCUCUACACGACUAUCUACAACAUGUGCACCCAGAAACCACCGCAUGAUUACUCGCAGCAGCUGUAUGACAAGUACCGUGAUUCAUUUGAGGAUUAUAUCACGUCGAUGGUAUUGCCUUCUUUGAGAGUGAAGCAUGAUGAAUUUAUGUUGAGGGAGCUAGUUAAGAGAUGGCUAAAUCAUAAAGUGAUGGUCAGGUGGCUUUCACGUUUCUUUCAUUACCUUGACCGCUACUUUAUCACAAGGAGGUCACUUCCUCCACUAAAUGAAGUUGGGCUUACACGCUUUCAUGACCUGGUCUAUCAGGAAGUCAAGAGUAAAGUCAAAGAUGCUGUCAUCUCCUUGAUUGAUCGAGAGCGUGAAGGGGAGCAAAUUGAUAGGGCUUUAUUGAAGAAUGUCUUGGACAUUUUUGUUGAAAUUGGAUUGGGUAACAUGAAGUGUUAUGAAGACGACUUUGAAACACAUUUGCUUAAAGACACUGCUGCCUAUUAUUCUAGGAAAGCUUCAAACUGGAUUCUUGAAGAUUCAUGCCCUGAUUACAUGUUAAAGGCAGAGGAAUGCUUAAAGCGUGAGAAGGACAGGGUUGCACAUUACUUGCACUCUAGCAGUGAACAGAAAUUGCUAGAGAAAGUGCAACACGAACUAUUAUUUGUCUAUGCUAGCCAACUUCUUGAAAAGGAGCAUUCUGGAUGUCAUGCAUUACUUCGAGAUGAUAAGGUGGAUGAUCUCUCGCGAAUGUACAGGCUCUUCUGUAGAAUACAGCGCGGCCUAGAUCCUGUUUCUCAAAUAUUUAAGCAGCAUGUGACUAUUGAGGGCACAGCUCUAGUUAAACAGGCAGAAGAUGCUGCAAGUAGCAGAAAGGCUGAGAAAAGGGAUGUUGUUGGUCUCCAAGAGCAGGUUUUUGUUAGAAAAGUUAUUGAACUACAUGACAAAUAUUUGGCAUACGUGAAUGAUUGCUUCCAGAAUCACUCCCUUUUUCACAAGGCACUCAAAGAAGCUUUUGAGGUUUUCUGCAACAAGGGUGUUGCAGGCAGCUCGAGUGCUGAGCUAUUAGCUACUUUUUGUGACAAUAUCCUUAAGAAAGGUGGAAGUGAAAAACUCAGUGAUGAAGCAAUUGAAGAGACUCUUGAGAAGGUUGUAAAGUUGCUUGCUUAUAUCAGUGACAAAGAUCUGUUUGCCGAGUUCUAUAGGAAGAAGCUUGCCAGGAGGUUGCUCUUUGACAAAAGUGCUAAUGAUGACCAUGAGAGGAGCAUUUUGACAAAGCUAAAGCAGCAAUGCGGAGGGCAGUUUACUUCAAAGAUGGAGGGCAUGGUCACUGAUCUUACCCUUGCAAGGGAAAACCAGUCUAGCUUUGAGGACUAUCUCAACAGUAAUUUUCAUGCUAAUCCAGGGAUAGAUCUUACUGUUACUGUUCUAACGACUGGAUUCUGGCCAAGUUACAAAUCAUUUGAUCUGAACCUUCCUGUUGAGAUGGUUAAGUGUGUGGAGGUCUUCAGGGAAUUUUAUCAGACAAAAACUAAACAUAGAAAGCUUACUUGGAUAUAUUCUUUGGGUACCUGUAAUAUCAAUGGGAAAUUUGAACCCAAAACCAUUGAACUUAUUGUAACAACAUAUCAGGCGGCUGCUCUUCUUUUGUUCAAUGCCUCUGAUAGAUUGAGCUAUUCAGAGAUCAUGACUCAACUUAACUUGACGGAUGACGAUGUAAUCAGAUUGCUCCACUCCCUUUCUUGUGCCAAGUAUAAAAUUCUUAAUAAGGAGCCAAGUACCAAAACCAUUUCGUCAAUUGAUGUGUUUGAGUUUAAUUCCAAAUUCACUGACAAAAUGAGAAGGAUCAAGAUACCUCUCCCUCCUGUGGAUGAGAAGAAGAAAGUAAUAGAAGAUGUUGACAAGGACAGAAGAUAUGCCAUUGAUGCUUCCAUCGUGCGCAUUAUGAAAAGCAGGAAAAUUUUAGGUCAUCAACAGUUGGUGAUGGAGUGCGUUGAGCAACUUGGUCGUAUGUUCAAGCCCGACUUCAAAGCAAUAAAGAAGCGGAUAGAAGAUCUGAUCACUAGGGAUUACUUGGAGCGAGACAAGGACAAUCCAAAUCUUUUCAGAUAUUUAGCCUGAUUGAUCCGCAAUCUCAUUAGAACUCCCCUGUCAAACAGAAUCUGAGUGACAGCAUGCAAUGAGCCUAUCCCUUUACGUACUCAGUGCUGAUUGAUGACAUUUUGUAAAGAUUCUGGGAGCAUCUUGUACAUUCAUCUUGGAACCAGGUUUAAGAAACUGCUCCAAUACGCACUGAAGUGAGGCAUUGUAGUACUAAGAAAUUGUGUUAUUAAGAUGAUAAUGGGGUUUAAUAGUUUAAUCAAAUAUUUCUGGUAUUAUAUUUUCCUUA